AUGUGGGAUUGUAGUGAAGUACAGUUACUCGAUUACGCAUCAAGUUAUGCAAAGUCACAUACAUCCAAAACAUACAUGCAACAACAUUUUCUGGCAGUUUUUACUUCUACAUUUUAUCCAAAUGACGCUGGACCCUUCCCAGGAAUUGACAGAUCUUCGCGCUUAAGAGACUCACCGACUUAUCGAACAUUCAUCAUAGCAAGCAGUAGCGAGUGGGGCAUGGUGCUAGCAAUUCAGGUGUUUGUCAUGUCGUUAGCUAUGGAGCUUCGUAAUUGUUAUGGAUAUGCCUCACGAAUAAUAUUUGAGCACGAUGAAGCCGAAAAAGGGAAAAUGGAAGUAUUAGGGUGA